AUGCUCGGUCUAGCCUCCCUCUCCGACAGCCAUGUAGUUCAGCUGUACGAAUGGGCCGAGAGCAGCCCUUCGGCAGUGCUCGCUUGCACCUGUCGACAGAUAAUCCGCUUGCCCACCAUCCCGCACUUCUCGCAUGCGCUUGGAGGUCAGAAUCUCUUCCUCCAUCAUCAAACACCAGGCCUGUUCGCCCAUGUCUGCGGUAUGAUCGUCGGCGUCCAGCCCAAAGACGACCACGUCGCUUACGAGCUUGACGAUGGCACUGCCAUCCUGCGCAUCUUGGUGAACCGCAAAUCGAUUCAGCUCGACAAGACGUUACACCUUCCACCAGCGCCCGAUCGACCCUCCGGUAUUCCGGAAUGCUACCGCAUGCCGCCGCAACCAAAAUCAAGUCGCUCCGGCUACGGUGAUGCGUCCAGCUCCAGAUCCUCGCUUUCGCCGCCCCAACCUCGAUUCAACGUGGCAGACAUCGUCACGUGCGUGGGCAGGAUACAGAUCGCCCGCAACGGCGAUCGCUUCAUCGUCGCAAAGAAACUGACCAUUUCUCGAGACCUCAACGACGAGAGCCGACACCAAAUCAAAGCGGUCGAGCUCGAAAACAACCUCUACCGCCAACCUUUCGACUGGAACAGAGUUCAAGCUGAUACCAAAGCGUCCCUCACUACCCAGGCGACCAGAAACAGUCUGUUGAGGCCGUCUGCCAGGUCGCUCCUCACCGACGCGUCUUUGGAAGAAGGCGUGGAUGUGCUGCCCUCGCUCGCAUCACAUCGCGACAAACAUGAAGGCAUCUCAGACACUCGUCUUACUCGAGACGAGGCACGAAAACUAUUGGCGAGCGACACUCCCUCGUCGCCCAUCGCAUCCUCGUCAGCUGCUAUCCCCGUCCGACCGCCCUCCUCCGGGACCACCCGUCGCAAGCUGCGCAGCCAGGCAAAAAUUCCAGAUCACAGCUUGACCGAGUCCUACUUCCAGCUGCAGCUCCAACACCACGUCGUUCAGCACUAUCCGCACCGCCCAUUCGCCCUUUCUGACCUCGGCGCCAGUGCAGAUCUGGCGUCCUUGGCGCAUCGUCUUGUCGAUGCCCGCAUGCAGUCGCGCAGCACCACCCGCCGCACACAUGCAACCCACUCUGCUGCCCAGGCCAGCACCGAGCAGACAGCAGACAAGAUCCGCCGUCUCUUCGAAUGGGCCCUGCGCAAGAUGAUGCAUGACGGCUUCAUCGUCCUCAACGCCUCCACCGGGCCAAAGUCGUCUAGCAGCGGCGCGACCAACAGCGAUUCCUACCGCCUGGUCACUCCAGAGUACCUGUCUGGCUUCCUGCGCGACAUCAUCGGCCCUGUUGGCAGUCAACCACCGCCUGAUCACCAUCAUGUCCUGGCCAGACUGCGCUUCCUCGACGAACGAUUCCGAUUCCUCAAUCCACCCGUCGUUCAGGACAGCAUCGCCGUCUACCUCGAUCGCUACGCACCAAUCGUGCUCGAUUAG